AACAGGCGUGCCGCUCUAAAUCGGUUCGAUCGCGAUGCUCAACCAAAGUCGAACGACCGUAUCCAUCAAAUCAAAUGACUCUGUGGAUCCCAUGCGCGAAUGGCAGGCUCUGAAGCUAGAACAGGGCAUUUUUAGGCGCAUUGCCGUUAGUCACCAGCUAAAGCGCGAUUUUGCAUAUCAACAAGGACAUAAAUCUCCGGGAUACUACGACGGGAGCCCCAUCCAACGAAAAUCGUUUUCCUGUUGGGUUCCCCUAGCUCGCCCGUCUGUUGCCGCUCGCCGCCCGGGAGGCUGGCCCGGUGGCUUUUCGGUGUAAGUGCGGGACCCCGGUAGUUUUCUCUGACAGGGCCCCGGUCGAGCCUGCAGAGUUUUUGGUGGAUAGGGCAAGAAUGGGUUGUAUUUUAUUAUCCAUUACCCAUUUUUUGGAUCUUGCGCGAGGAACGAAUCAGGUUAAGGAGCUUAGGGUUACGGAGUCUCUGUGUGAUCCUGUGAUAGCAACGCAGGAAUUUCGACGAGUCGUUUCGUCUGAUGCUCCUGGAGAUAAUAAUAUAUCUAAAACAGGAAUUUCAAAACGGAGGUCUGUGUUGUCCUCAUUUUGGCUUUCUUUGUUUUUUCGUUUAAUUAUUCUUAUUCCCUUUUUUUCUGGUUCUUACCGUGCGAUACCGUAUCACUCGCUAUUAUGGUAAUUGGAUUUUUGUCAUAUUCCGCGCAUGCGCGAGUCGAUACGCGAAGAACCUAGAUCUAUGACGGGAUGGCUGGAUAAGGGAAGCCGAUGCGCGUCUCGUCUCAUCUCAUCACUGAUAAUGACAGGAACGCACGCACACAGAUUACAUAUGUAUGAGGCUCCUACGUUACGUGCGCAAGGAACAUAGAAAUUGCGCGGGAGCGGAAACGAGACCGUAAAACGUCCACCGUAAGCAUGUGAAGGACCCGUCACCAUUAUAUGGGGAUAGAUGGAUUAUAUCAGAUUUAUUUUCUGAUUAAAAUACGUAGCUAUCAUUCCCUUAUCUUCGGUCCCCCCUCCUCUGACCAAUAAACCCAACUCUAGCUAGCUGUAGCUAGCUACAGCUAUUAUCCAUACGUUCCAACGACAGCUUACCUGCAUUCAGGUAAGGGAGGAGGCUGGUUGGCUGAUCCGUCGGCGGCCGGCACCGGGACCGUCUCUGCGAGGCGCCCGCGUCUAGAACGCGCCUAGGGAAGAGAGCCUCAACUAGGUUAUUAGGUACAUACUAAAUGCUAGUUAAGUGGCCUUUUUU